CACACUCCAUUACACGUCACUUUGUCGACACAAGUAGCUUUCAUUACUGGAAAAUGGGAUACAUUGGUUUUCUAAUGGUUUCUCUCGUCGGCAUCGCAUGUAGCUUGGGACACGGGUCACAUAAAGCUAGAUUUAAACUUGAAAAUGCCUUGGCUUUCCAACGGAGUUCCCUGCAUAGGCAAAAUGCGUCAAGGAACAUGAAACUAUUUGAAGGGGCUAAUGGAGAAAUGUAUUUUGGAGGUGGACAGCAUUUAUUUCGUCUCAGUUUCCAGGCGAAGCCUACCCAGUCCCUGGCUAUGGAGCCUGUGAUGUUCUGCAUACAGGAAGCAGUUUCAAACUGUGGUAACAUCACUGUGACGCAGCCUGGGAGAGAUGGAUACCCUCUGUAUGUGUGCACGGCCUAUGGGGACCACACAAGCUGCUGCUUCAGGGCAGCAAAUGGCUCAUCAGCAGACUGUAGAAGUGAUUUUAUCAGAGGAGGAGAGCCGGCGCUGCUCACUGGAGAUGCCCUCUACACCACACAUUCGGGCUUGGGUUACAGAGAUGGAGUGUACAGGACCUCCAAGAACACGCCUCUCAUGCCCUCGAGUCAAGCAGAUCAAAGGUAUGUGAAGAUUAUAGAAAGAAGAAAAGAGGAGAAUCCAUUGCAAGACAAGCUGUAUGCAUUCUACACAGAGAAGAGUAAUGACCAGAGCCCAGAUUCUGACCUUUUCACCCCACGUGUCUCCCAGAUCUGCAAGGCUGAUCUCGGAGGUUCAAAGGACACCCUGCAGUUCCAGUGGACGUCCCAGCUGAGCAGCCGGCUGUCCUGCGGAGACCCCAGCAGGAAGCUGUACUACACCGUGCUGCUGGACGUGGCCGUGCUGCCGUCUGAGGACGGAGGAGACGACCGGGUCUACGGGCUCUUCAAAAACGGCUGGGAAAUCAGGGCUGUGUGUGUUUACACCAUGAGAGACAUCAGUCAGGUCUUCUCUACGUCUGCCUUCUCAAUACCCACCAACUCUCUGAAAGAACAGCCCGGUCAGUGUGUCCAGGACAGUAGGAAGCUGUCUCCAGACUUGCUCAAGUACAUGAAGAACAGUCCAGAGAUGGUGGAUUGGGUGAGGCCCAUAGGAAACAACAACCCCCUGUUGGUCAGUCAUCACCACUACAGCCACAUCCAGGUGGACCGUGUUGGAGGGACACAGGGACAGGAGGGACACAACGUCCUAUUGCUGUCAAUGGUUAGGGGUGCAGUUCACAAAGUCCUGGAGACCUCCUCUGAACCUUUCAUCAUUGCGGAGUAUCAUCCAUUCAAACUCGAAACGCACAUACUCAGCAUGCUGCUGCACAGUUCUGAAAAGAAACUCUACGUGAGCUCCAGUGAUGAGGUGGUUCAGAUUGACCUGAGGAACUGCAGUGUGUACGGGAACCAGUGUGCUGACUGUGUCUUAGCAAGAGAUCCCUACUGUGGCUGGAACAGCGGCCGUAAGACAUGUGCACCUUAUUCAGAAGGCACCAUUCAGGACAUUGAAGAUGGAAAUGUUCAAAAAUGCGCUGCAGAGAGUGGACCAGAUAAGGGUGCUGCUGAGACUGUUCUCAUUCCUGAGUCGUCCAGACACUACCUGUCCUGCCCCAUUCACACCCACCAUGCCACGUACCGCUGGCUGAAGGAUGGAGAGGAGAGGCAGUCGCUCGAGGACCAGAAGCAGGAGCAGUUAGUGCUGCUGAUAGAGGGCAUGGGGUCUGCAGACGAGGGCGGGUAUGAGUGUGAGGCACAGGAGCGAGACUACCAGAGGACAGUGGCCCACUACCAACUGAGGAUGACCAGUGGAGCAAUGGGACUGAAGAGCUCUCCACUGGCGUUGGCCUUGCUGGCAUUUUUGUUUUCUGCUCUAUGGUAGCAGCACACUAGGGAAGCUUCCUAAAGGACACACAGCAGGUUUUACUGCUACAGCGCAAGCCAUAGAUUUAUGUGUUUCAUUUAUGAGUCUUACGUGAACAAAGGUAUUCUUUAAGGUGAUGAUACACGGGGCAACUUUUUGAGCAAUGUUUCUGGACAACCGCAUAACCAGUUCCAUGUGUUCUGAUUAAAUGAUCAUGAAUAUUUGCCUACUGAUGAUGUAAGUUCUGCCUUCUGGACACCUGAUAUUGCACUAUGUAGCUUUGUGGCUCCGGACAAAACUUAUGACCCAUUUCGUCAAUUCUCAACUGCACAUACCUGUACUGUACAUAUCUGUCUAUAUUGUUCAUACUGAAUAUCCAUAUUAGUAGUUCCUAGUGCACUAGUUUCUUUACUGUAACUUCUCCUAAGAUUUAGUUUUUGUAUUAGUCCUUUCCUUCAUUUGUUCUGUGAACUCAGUUAGGAAAUAGCUGUUUCAACAGCUCUUUGAUUACAGUGAGGGCACAGUCUAGUAUGCUUUUAAUGAAAAAGAAAGCAGUCAGAACUCUGGAUAGGCUAUUAAGUUCAUGCAGCACCUUCAAACUUGGUGUCUACUCUUCAUACACAAUGUCUUUGAAGCCUGAAUAAAGGUAUGGCUGCCAUUCA